UCCAAAACCACGCUGGAGUAGGACGGCGCAUCAUCUAGAGAGGAGUCAGGCUCACCGGGAAGAAGAAAAAAAAAAGUUCUGCUGCCUCAAUUUGGAGUGGACCUAUCCAGGCUCUGUUUAACGCACGCAUGUGGCGCGUUGGGAUCAGCUCAGUUUAGUUUAUUUAACCGAUUUCUUUUGUUUAAUGGAAUAAAACUAAUUUAAACAUGAUUCUAAAUAUCAAGCAUAUCCUGUGGUUAUACUAUCUCUGUGAUGCAGCAUAUGCAACUGCACCAAACGCAUUAUCAGUGAUCGAACCAAUCUCUGGGUCCCUCUCGGGGAAGGUAAAUCUUCCCUGCUUCUUCUCCACAAUCCCAACAUCAGCGCCAGUCAUCGGUACAAAUGAAGCGGCCAAUUAUGGCAAAGAUUACUUACGGAUCAAAUGGACCAAAAUGAACGGGCAGGAAAAGUCUACAGUGCUGGUUGCCCAAAACGGGGUCAUCAAGAUAGGCUCCAGCUACAGGAACCGUGUGUCAGUGCCCAGCCACCCUGAGGAUGUUGGCGACGCCUCCUUGACAAUGGUCAAGCUGCGUGCUAGUGAUGCUGGCACUUACAGUUGUGAGGUCACAUAUGGCAUUGAAGACACCCAUGAUACUGUAAACCUUGAUGUCAGCGGUGUUGUAUUUCAUUAUCGAGCAAACACCAGCAGGUAUACGUUGAAUUACGAGAAAGCUGUCCAAACUUGCAAAGAUAUUGGAGCAACCAUAGCGACCUACGCUCAGCUGAAAGCAGCGUAUGACGACGGAUUUGACCAGUGCGACGCUGGGUGGAUCGCUGACCAGACAGUGAGAUACCCAAUUACUAGACCAAGAAACGGCUGCCUUGGAAAUCUUAAAAUGACCCCUGGUAUUAGGUCAUAUGGAGUCAGAAAUCCUUUGGACACCUAUGAUGUCUACUGUUACGUUGACAAACUUGAUGGUGAAGUCUUUUACGCUCCUACGGCCCGUAAGCUAACAUUUUUGGAGGCCAUUGAAGAGUGCAAAAAGCACCAUGCUGUCCUGGCAUCCACUGGUCAACUCCACGCGGCGUGGAGAAUGGGACUUGACAGAUGUGACUACGGCUGGCUCUCGGAUGGCAGCGUGCGGCACCCUGUUGUCCAGCCCAGAAUUCCCUGUGGCGGAGGCCAGAUGGGCGUCAGGACGCUGUAUCGCUACAGAAACCAGACCUGCUUUCCAGAACCUUCCAGGAAGUUUGGAGCUUAUUGUUUUAAAGGAGGGAGAGACACGUUCAACCAGAUGUUUCUUGUGGAUAUGUCUGUACAAGAAGUCACCACCACCACCACCACCACCAGAUCCACCAGUGUUAUCAGCACAUCAUCAGGCACAACAGAAGAGGCAGCGGAGUCUACACAUUAUGAUGUUUCCACAGAUGUUACAUCAAUGUUCUCUACCAGCAUGACCCCACCUCGGCCCACUCCUUCCGACCAAGAAGAUCUAUUAAUCACAACCAUUGCACCGACAAUCAAAGAGGAUCCUGAUGAGAUUGAUGUCAUGACACAGCCAGGAGAGUUUGACAUAAAUUACUUUACACUGGACAGCUUUGAAUCUGUUCCUUCCCGUGGGGACGUGAUCACUGAAAUGCAAAUGACAACAGAUAGCACUGGUUCCACCAUAUCCAUUGAAGAUCCAGAUGCCAGCUCUGUGAUUAAAAUCAGCACAAUCCAACCUGAUGUACUUCUGCCAGAUGAUUCUUUAAGUACAGCGGCCAGGUUUGCAGAGGGAAAAACAGAGAAAACUGUUGUGACCCACAGGAUUGCUACAGAUAUUACCUCUGAUAUCACAGAUAUCCCUACAGAAUCAACUGAAUGGGACAGCAAAGAAACGUUUGUUUUCUCUGAAUCAACACCAUCCAUUGCAGCUCCUGGAUUAGCAUCAACACCAGUCCCAGACUAUGAUGGGAUUGUUACUGAUCUUCUUCUCCAGGCUCCCCCACCUGCGCAACCGUUUCAAGUGUUCUCAUCCAGCUCAAUCAGCAGCGUCCCUACUUCUGCUGCUGCUGCUGCUUCUACCUCUGAACCAACGCCCCCCACAACAACUGGCCCUCCCCCUGGGCUCAACACUGUGCCGGGAAAUGAGACGGGCACCACAGACACAACAGAGGUUUUUGACAUUGAAACACAAACUACACAAAAGACAGAGAUAAACGCUAAUGUGACUGUUAGCAUCCAGACUGAAAGCAGCACCUUAGCUGAAGAUGUGACAUUGUCAACAACUGAGCACACCCAUUCUGCAGAAACCCUGACAGAGGAGGACACAGAAGCAAACGAUGGGGCAAAGAUUAUUUCAGUCUCACCUACGGCAUCAGACGUAACCGGCAUAGUCACAGCUGCAACUUCAGCGGUCACUGAAGAUCAGUUCAAGCAAACAAGCUUGGAGAUUCAGAAUACUUCAGGACAGCUGGAGGCUGCCUGA